CCCCAAUCAACAAUUCACUUCAUAUAUAUCAUCCCACUAAAAUGGAGAAAAAAUUGCAACUGAAGUCCUUUCAUUUCAGCCUCUUCUUCCUUUUCUUCUUAUUGUUUGCAUUUAAUAUUGUGGGUGCUUUUGGUACUAGGAAAACACUAUCCAUGGAAGGCUCUAAUGCACCAAACGGUGGUUCCAAUGGUGCUACUGGUUCAGCCCAUGGUCCUAACUGGGACUACAGUUGGGGAUGGGGUUCAAGCCCUGGUAGUGGAUGGGGUUAUGGUUCUGGUUCAGGGAGGUCACCUAAUGGGUUCGGGAGGGGUUACGGGUUCGGGUUUGGGUCUGGUACUGGUUCAGGUUCUGGUUCUGGUUAUGGUUAUGGGAGUGGUGGUGCUCAUGGUGGUGGAUAUGGUGCUGGAAGUGGAACCGGUGGUGGUGGUGGUUCUGGUGGUGGAAGUGGUGGUGGUGGUUCGACUGAAAAUGGAAAUGGUAACCGCUGGCCAUCAAGGAACCCGAACCCUAAUCACCAUGGUUAAAAACAAGGAGGUUUUGAGGUUUGCUUUGUCAGGUGACAAUGGUUAGUGUGUAAUAUAAAAUACAUGGUGUGUAAUAUAUAUUAUAUAUUUUGAAUCUAUGUUAGUUUUCUAAGUUAAAAAAAAAAACUAUGUACCUUUUAUGUGCUUGAUUAUAUAAUUUGAGCUUUUAAGGCCAUGUUUAUUUCCA